AUGGCCGAUCACAAUGAAAAUUUCGCACCAAGUGCAACACCAAAGGGGGCCGCCACCACGGAACCGAUCGAACGCAAAGGGCAGCAAGGAGAGGAUGGCAAAAGCACGGCCGCUACAGACAAUCAAACUCCACAGUCCACCGACGGUAGCUCCUCGAGAGACAACAAGCGGGAGGCCAGCUGGCCUUCGGUCCUGUUCUACAUCCACCUGAACCUGCUCGGAGUGUACGGCAUUUUCGUUUUAUUUUCACACACAUCGGCGAUAACGUUUGUCUUCACCUCCUUGCUCACGCUGUGCGGUAUCUUGGGCGUUACGGCCGGGGCCCACCGUCUAUGGGCCCAUAGGACAUACCAGGCCACCCCGUUACUGCGCUUCAUACUGAUGAUCUUCCAAACGCUUGGCGGACAGGGUUCCAUUUACGACUGGGUACGCUUGCAUCGGCUGCAUCAUACACAUUUCCGCUCCGCCGAUGACCCCUACUACAGCGACAAGGACUUCCUGCACGCGCAAGUCUUCGCCAACAUCCGCAAGCUAAGCGCACGCCAGGAGAAGCUGCUGCAGACGGUCGACAUGAGCGACCUGGAAGCCGACCGGAUCGUGAUGUUCCAGAAGCGCUUCUACUGGUUGCUGUACGUGGUGCUUUUCGUGCUGCUGCCGAUCAACGCCCCACUCGAGUACUGGGGUGACACGGUGCAGGCGGCCAUUUUCGUCGCUUUCUCCCUGCGCUACCUUAUCGUGCUACACGUGUCGUGGCUGGUGAACUCGGCCCACUUCAUCUGGGGUCUUGACAAGAACCACAAGCAGUCGGACUCGAACAUGGUGUUCCUGGUGACCAAGAGCUACUGGCCGCAGUAUCACUACCUGCUGCCGUUCGACUACCAGAGCGGCGAAUUCGGCAACUACGGAUCCGGCUGUACCACCGCGUUCAUCCGCAUCUUCGCCGCAACCGGGCAGGCAUCGAAGCUGCAAACCAUGACCACGGAGGCCGUCAAGCGAGGCCUGACGAUGGCGGUAGACAGUGGCAAGCCGAUCGUCGACUGUCUUAAGCAGGCCGGCGCCGAAGACAUGUGUAACCUGCAGCGGGAGCACUAUCUUCAGAACGAAAGACUACACUAG